UCGUGUUCUUAUCAGUUCGUUUUGUUUUGUACUGUAGUUAGUAAGUUAAUUAAAAAUAGCAUUUUAUGUUACCACCAACAUCCCUAGCAUCACAACCCACAACACCCGCAUAAUAGUAGGAUGCCGCCAACAGAGACACUACGUGCUGGCAGCGGCAAUGGUGAAAGAGGCGCCGGUGGCGCUGGUGGCUCCGAACAGACAUACAUCAUCAGACAGAGCAACAAAUGUUACGAGCACCGCGAUUCUCAGGCGACGGCCAUGUCUGUGGACUACUCCGGUCAAUGGGUGCUGUUGGCGGGUCGCGGCCAUUUGGCCCUGCAGCGUUUGGGCCAAGACGAUGGAACACUGCGUCGUCACGAGCGUCAGUCCAAAUACGACAUAUCCGUAGCCGAGUUUGCUAUUUGUCCUAGUCGUCGAGAGUACUGUGCCAUAGCGACCAGUCAAAAUAUUGACAUUGUGCGCUGGGGUCCUGCCGAACCCUACUAUGAGAAUUCGUUGCGUGGACAUACGCGCACAGUCACCGACAUCGACUGGCAUAACAAGAAUCCAAAUUUGCUGGUCAGCUGCUCCAUAGACACCUUCUCGCACAUUUGGGAUCUGCGCGAUCCGCGCAAGCCGGCAUUAUCCUUGAACGCCGUCUGCAUGUCGGGCGCCACUCAGGUUGGCUUUAAUCGUCGUUCGGGUAACUUGUUGGCCGCCGCUCACGACGGUGACUUGCGGAUCUGGGACAUACGCAAGGGCAGCUGUCCCACACACUAUAUAACCGCGCAUCUGAAUCGGGUGCAUGGCAUCAAUUGGAGUCACAAACGAGAGACGUGCCUGGCCACAGCCAGUCAGGAUGGCACCGUCAAGUACUUUGAUGUGUGCAAUCCCAGGAGAGCUGAGAAGAUCAUUACCACACUAUCACCCGUAUGGAGGGCAAGAUAUACACCCAUCGGCAACGGUUUGGUCAGCAUUGUCGUGCCGCAUUUGGGUCGCGGCGAGAACAGCCUGCUACUUUGGAGCAAUAGCAAGCAAACGGAUCCCAUUUGCUCAUUUGUUGGACACACCGAUGUCAUUCUGGACUUUGCCUGGCGCCCCAAUCGCGAGGACUCCACAGAAAUUGAAUUGGUGACAUGGUCGCGUGAUCGAACGUUGCGCGUCUGGAAAAUCGAUGAUACAAUGCUGAAGCUAUGCGAGCCCUCGCCCGAUGAGGAUGAGGAGGGCGAUUCGUCACGCUACGAGCCGGACUUAAGUGAAUUGCGUGCACUAACGCCGCCAGAGUUUAUGCAUACGCUGCAGCCGCGUCCGAUGACGGCUGCAUCACUGCCCAUUGCGGCGACACUGGAGCCGGGUUUGGGUGCCAAUACUCUGCCCAUGGCACGCUCGCCCAGCUUUGGCGGCGUCUAUGCGCGACGCGAGGAGACGCACAUUGCACGUUCUCUAACCGACCAGCCGACGUGUUCGCUGCAGCACGAAUUCUCGCUGCUGAACACAAAUAUGCCCCACGUGGAUGUGGAUAUGCUGUGCGCAAUAAAGCGUUAUGCAUGCUUUAAGAUCUGCGCUGCGGAUCACACGAUCAUAUUACAGGUGACAUUUCCCACCGCCUAUCCCAGUCCGAAUGUGCCGCCCGAUUUUCAGCUGUGCCAGGGCACCACUCUGUCCAGCGAUGUGAGCGGUGUGCUCCUCAAAGUGCUGCGCACUAAUGCGCUGCAGCGUGUCAAGAAAUCUCGCAGCUGCCUGGAACAAUGCCUGCGCGCACUGGUCGCCGCGAUGAAGAAGCGUGUGACAUCCGUUGCUGGCGCUGGUGCGGAUCGCAGCCAAAUGUUGUUGCAAUCGCCACGAUUAGAGGGAGCACUGUCGAGUGCUCUGCACGAUGCCUGCAUACCAUUUCCACGCACAUCGGGCGUGCACUUCAAUGCCAUCGGCAUGUUGACCACCUUUGCCCAGGUGAUGAACACCAAGCGGCUGACAUUGCGCCAGCAUCAGUCGAUAACGCCGCGCACCCUGAGCGCCAUCAAUGGCAGCGGACUGCUGGGCAAUGUAAUGUCAACAACAACAGCGCAACGAGAUCCGAAUGCCUCGUUCUAUCUGCAGGAGCGCAUGAUUGCCUGCAAGCGUCUACAGGGCAAACAGCGUGUGAUGCGCCAAAUCAAUGGCACCACUCCCGUCGUUCACAUCUACGAUGCCAGCCAGUUGCUGCACAUUAACCGUGACAUGGCACGCGAUUUCACGCUGGACAAGCGAAAUAUUGUCGAAACGUGUCGACGCAAUGGUGAAAUUUGUCGCGCGCACGGACGACUGGAUUUGGUGCCCAUUUGGCUGCUGGCGGAGCUGAUAGCAACACCGCAUGUACCGCACGAGUCGUCGAUGAGUUGCCAGCUGCUAUUCUACAAGGAUCCGUUCAAGAAAUCACUGCUCGAAUCGCUCAUUAUGCAUUAUGCUGGAGCUGGGGAUGUUCAAACCGCUGUACUUCUCGCCUGCCUCUUCGACAAGUGUCCGGCGGCGGGCCUGAUGGGCAUGGACAUGGACGUGGCCAGCUGCCGUCUGCCCGCCCAGCUCCAUGCGCAAUUGUCGCCAUAUCAUACAGUUUUGCCGCUUGAUUUCAAAUCAUCCGCCCAGGCACGUGCCUCGAGCGGCACUUGGCAACAGUUGAAGCAGUUGCGUAGCAAUUCGUGGUCGGAUUCGUUGGAUUGGCUGGACUUUAAGCUGGGACAGACGGAUGCGUUUGCGUGUUCGCUAAUUCGACGCACCAAAAUGCCGCUCUUCGAUCAAUUCAAGCGCGCCUAUGCGGAUGUCCUCUUUGGCUGGCAGCUCCUGACGAAGCGUGCGGUAAUUCUCAAACAUACGCUGCACACACCGCCGCCGUCGCAGGGCGUUGAAUUUGUCACCGAGUGUGCCGGCUGUGGCAAACCGAAGCGUACGCCCAAAUGUGAGCCAUGCAAGCGGCCAGUUUUAAUCUGCAUCCUUUGCUGCCUGCCAGUGCGUGGUGCAUCAAACGCUUGCCUCUCCUGCGGCCAUGGCGGACACAUGCAGCACAUGAUACACUGGUUUGAGCAUCACACGGUUUGUGCCACGGGCUGUGGCUGCAGUUGUUUGCAGCGCACCUCGGAGCUGCUGGCACUCAUUAGCUGAUUAUGAAUGGCGCUUGAAAUACAACUAGCUUUAGAUUUGCUAAAACUUUACGCUGUGGUAAUCAAGAAACAUAAACAUAAUUGUUUUAUUUUUCUUUUUGUAUGUCUCCAAGACGACAUUUUGUAAUAUUUGCAUAUAUAUGACGAUGAAAAAUAUAAUUUGUACUCUACUCUUUGAGUAAAGCAGCUAUCAGUUCGA